AGUUAUUACAAUUAUAAACAGUACCUUAUCUAACAAACCAUUCUCAGCAACCUUUCUAAUCAAGCUUUCCCAAUCGCCAAAAUUCAUGGGCAACAUCCUCUUAGAAGCUCUCCAUGUUCGUGUUAUAGGUUCCGGAGAAAAAUUUCUGGUACUUGCCCAUGGAUUUGGGACUGACCAAUCCGCCUGGCAACGCAUUCUUCCAUAUUUCACCCACUAUCGUGUAAUUCUCUAUGACCUUGUUUGUGCCGGUAGUGUAAAUCCUGAUUAUUUUGACUUUAGUAGGUACACAACUCUUGAUGCUUAUGUUGAUGACUUGCUUAACAUUCUCGAAGCCCUUGGUGUUGAUCGCUGCGCCUAUGUUGGUCACUCUGUUUCCGCUAUGAUUGGAAUCUUAGCGUCUAUUCGCCGCCCUGAACUCUUCACUAAGCUCAUUCUUAUCGGUGCUUCUCCAAGAUUUUUGAAUGACAACGAUUAUCAUGGGGGAUUUGAGCAAGGUGAAAUUGAGAAAGUGUUUACAGCAAUGGAAAGGAAUUAUGAGGCAUGGGUUUAUGGGUUUGCACCGCUAGCAGUGGGGGCAGACGUGCCAGCAGCUGUUAGAGAAUUUAGCCGGACCCUAUUCAAUAUGAGGCCAGACAUAUCGUUAUUUGUUUGCAGAACCGUAUUUAACUGUGAUCUUAGGGGCUUCCUUGGCCUAGUGAAGGUGCCGUGUUGCAUAAUUCAGACCGCCAAGGAUGUCUCGGUCCCCAUAUCAGUAGCCGAAUAUCUACGGAGACAUCUGGGUGGGCGUACCACGGUGGAGAUUUUGAAGACAGAAGGUCAUUUACCACACUUGAGUGCCCCUGCCUUACUGGGUCCAGUUAUCCGGCGAGCACUAUCAAGAAUUUAGGUAAAAAAAAAAAAAAAAUGGUGAUUUUCUUCCUACUAUAAUAUAUAAAGACAGGUUUAUAUAAUUUAAUAUUAUCAAUAAUCUUUUUUAUCAGCAAGAUUAUUGAUUGAUGAAAUUGCUGAUAACUGAAAGGAAUCAAAAGAUAUCUAUCUACAAUUGGUAAAGAAAAUCAACCAUAUUUAUGUUUUAUGUUGAUUUUAGGCGUGGGGUGUGGGGGCCUAAGUCUGGCUCAGUAGGGAGCUAUUAAGUGGGUCCAGAGGAGAAAUGUAGUAAGGUUGGAGGUGGAAUUUGUGGACACUAGUCCAUGGAUUUGGGAUUUUAUGAUCUUUACCAAAGGAUAAGAAUACCCACGUGAUCAGCACGUGAUGACUUGUCCUUCUUGUAUUCUUCUUUUUUAUCUGUUUUUGUUACUUUCGUCUUUAUUUGGAAAUCUAUAGAAAAGGAAAUGUUAUUAGUGUUUGUA